UAAGCACCUUCACCGAACAAUUUGUUUUCAUUCAAAGACAAAUUCAUUUAGAACCUCCGAAUCCGAAUGAUUCAGAAGUUGCCAAACAACCCUUAAAUAUAAAAUUAUCCAAAUAAACACACAUCUUACGAAUUAUGAUUUUUAGUAUUCACCUAUUGGACGGAUAUAUGCAAAAUAAAUAUGUGGGCGAAUGGGGUUUAUCGGCUUUCUUCAUCUCCAAUAUUCAGAUUCAGAUGGAUGUUGAGGCGUCACUCCUCCAGCAAGCUGUUUGUCGGAGGGCUUUCGUAUGAUACACAUGAACCAGUGUUAAAACAUGUAUUUGAGCAGCAUGGAGAAUUAAUUGAAGUUAGGGUUAUAUGCGAUCACAAGAGUGGGAAAUCAAAAGGAUAUGGAUUUGUGCAUUUUGUUUCUGAGGAGUCUGCUACCAAAGCCUUAGCAGAAAUGGAUGGUCAGCUACUUGAUGGUAGAAAUAUUCGGAUCCAUUAUGCAAAUAAGAAAUAACAUCAACAAUGCCAGGGUUUUGCUUGAUCAAACUCAGAUGAGAAAAUUCAGAGAGAGCAGAUACGAUUAGAUUUUUGGGCUGCUAUAUAACUUGUGAUUCUUUCUUCUUCUAUCCAUGUAAAAGUAGAAAAGAAGCUUUUACUCCCUACAGUUGAAACCAAUCAUCUUUUCUUCUUAUGCUUUGUACACAAUUAUUUUCUUCCUUUUACAUGAG